AUGGUUGCUGAUUCGAUCACAGACUCUGAACUAUCUCAUGGCUCUCCGAUUUCUAGAGAUUUCGCCAUGAAACGGAAGGCUAAUUGGUUCUGGAAAUUGAAGCAGUGGAAGAUUGAUGCUCGUCGCAGGCAAUGGAUUUAUCAAUGGAAGAGAGCAAAUGCAGGCGAAGAGGAAAAUGGCUCUAGACUGAGAUCUUUGCGAGACAAACUGACUGAUAGAAAAAAAGCCAGCGACAGAAUUAUCACUGGUAAAGCUUGGAGCAUUGAUCAUGGAGAAAGAAGCUACGAGUUCACCAAAUGCGAUCAUGAUAAUAACGAUGAUGAUCUUUCUUCUAGUAGCCCCACGAGUGUCCUCAAGAACAAAGAUUCACAUAGCAGUAAGAGCGGGGACGACUGCUUCUGUUGCUCUAAUCAGAUCAUAGAGGGAGAGGAAGAAGCUUUUGAUGAUGCUUAUGAAAACUGGGACGAUUUUAGCGAUGCGUUAAACUUCUUUGAUGAGAACGAAGACAACAGAGUUCCUUUACGUGAGCCAGAAGAUCAAAAAGCAGAUCAGAAUCCAAACACAAGCCAGAGGAACGAGUCUUCUUCUCCUGAAAAGCUCUCUCAUAAAGACAAGCGCAGUGAAAAAUCUUCAUCACUCGGAAACAAAAGCAGGGGAAAGAAAAACAAGUCUGGUCAGCAGAAAGAAUGUGGUGAUGAGAUAAGUGAAUGUCCUAUUUGCUCUGAAGACAUGGAUGCAACGGAUCUAAGUUUCUUACCAUGUCCUUGUGGGUUUCGGCUAUGUCUCUUCUGCCAUAAUAAGAUCAAUGAGGACGUUGGACGUUGCCCAGCUUGCAGGAACCAGUAUGAUCAUCAGACAAGUAGUAGUAGUAGUAGUGGAGAAGUAAGUUUCCUGCAACGUGGUCGUGGCACAGUUCGCUUGUCUCCAUCGUUUAAAGGUCUUGACAGAGCUUAA